UUAAAUAAUGACAAGAUCAGUGUGAUUUUUCUGUCAUUAUAUUAACAAUUUAAAUAUUUUACAUUAAUGUUGGAUUUUAUAGAAAAUGUACGCAAUGAGUUGUUGUAUGAAUUUAUAGAAAUUUUAGAAUUCGUAUCAGUUGGGAGUCUUAAUUUAUAUGACAGAAUUACUUAUAAUUUAAUAUCAAUACUAAGAUCACAGUUCUACAAACAUAGAUGUGGUGAUAAUUGUUUAGUAUGAUAUAGAUUAGGUAUCAUAUUUUAUUAAAAUCGUAGGUAUACAAAAUUCUCGUUAAGUAAUAAUAGCAAAUAUGGAGGAGCAAGCUCCACCUACUGAGAACAUGGAGACUCCAUGCUUAGGAAACAUUACAGACGGUUCAAAAUUAGCAGAAAGUGAAAAUCAAGAGAAAGCUGGAGACGGUGGUGCUGACGAAGAAAAUAUUGGAGAAGGUUUAGAGGAAGUACUUAGUGAACAUGUUGUUGAAGGAGAGCAUAUAGAAGGAAAUCAAGUAGAGAGAGAACAUUUAGACAUAGAAAAAAAUGCAAUAUUAGAACAGAGAAACGAAUUGAUAGGCAAAGAACUUGAAGGUGAGCAUGUUGAAGGGGAAGGAGGAGAAGAUCAAGAAAAGGAAGAAGAAAAGCCGUCGGAAGAAAAGGUAGUCGAAGAAGAACGUUACGCCGAGGAGCCACCACCAGAUCCAACAGCGCCUUAUAAUUUUAGUAAUUCUAAAGAAGCAUUGAGAGAACCUUUUGAAUUAAGACCUGACCAAUUGGCUGAGGUAGAGCAAUUGUGGGAUCUAUAUCAAAAUUAUACACCAGCUUACACCGAUAUUGAUAAUUAUAUAACUGAAAAAGAACUCGUUUACAUGUUAAAGUCUAUCCUUCUUAUGACAGUUACACAAGAACAGCUUCAAGAACUUAUAGAUUUUUGCGUAAGACCACCACAUCCGCAGGGCCAUAUUACAUUUCAGCAAUUUCUCAAAGUGGUAACUAUACGACAAAGAGAUUUUCCUAUUGAAGAGGAGCUACGAUCUGCAUUACAAGUUUUUGAUCCCGAUGGAACUGGAAGCAUUGAUAGAGAAUAUUUCAAAGAAGUUUUAGCAAAACAAGGUUAUAAUAUGCCUCAAAAGCAGCUGGAUAAUCUUAUAAAAGAAGUUGAUAUGAGUAAUGAUGGUACAAUUGGUAUUGAUGAUGUAGUUGGCACCAUGUGUAUAGAUUUGAAUAAAGAAGAUUUGAUGAUGUUGAUGGCGUCGAUAAAUCCAAAUACAACCGAUGAACCACCUGAAGAAAAUAUAUAAUUUUAGAAAGACAAUUUAUUGUAUUUUAAUUGUAUAUGACCAAAUAAAAGAUA